AUGAAGUCUCCUUUGAGGAAGCUGAGAAAUUUGACGCUGCAUAAAAUCGAGCUCAAGGAAAAUUGGGAUCGCCGUGCUCUGAGUACAGAUGGGCUGUCUCAAGCUGCAAAGGACAUGAAAGACAUGAGAGCUUGGCACGAUAGAUUACUGUCUGCAGCUGCUGCUACAGCAAAUAGUGCUUAUGAGUUUUCGGAGUCAUUGCUGGAGAUGGGAAACUGUCUACGGGAGAAAACUGCUAUAAAUGAUAUUGGAGAAAGUGGCAGAGCAUUAUUUAUGCUGGGAGGCGUGCAGCUUCAACUCCAAAAACUUCUUGAUAGCUAUCGGUCUCAUAUAAUCUGUACAAUAACAAACCCUUCCGAGUCGCUUCUCAGUGAGCUGCGGAAAGUGGAGGAGAUGAAAUUGCAAUGUGAUGAGAAGAGAGAGAUGUUUGAAUGCAUGGUGGGACAAAAUAGAGAAAAGGGAAGGUCAAGAUAUGGAAAAGGGCAGAAUUUUACUUCACAGCAAUUGCAGGUUGCUCGUGAAGAAUAUGAUGAGGCUUCAAGGCUUUGUGUUUUUCGUCUUGAAUCAUUGAAGCAAGGGCAAUCCCGGAGUCUUUUAACACAGGCAGCUCGUCACCAUGCUGCACAGUUAAAUCUUUUCCGGAGAGGUUUUCUUACUCUUGAAGCAGUAGAGCCACAUAUCGAAUUUGUUGCCAGAAAGCAACAUAUUGAUUACAAGCUAUGUGGGUCGGAUGAUGUGGAAGUCUCACAUGAUGAAAGGAACAGUUUCCAGGCUAAUGAUGACGGAGAAAUAAGUUUUGACCAUCAACAAACUGAGGAGCUAGAAAAUGAUUAUACAUCAAAGAGUUCAAUGCAUAUAAAUUUUGGAAAAAAGCAAGUGGAGAAAAUUCCCUGUCCACGACCUCGAGAAAGUAGUCAUUCAGCUCCAAUAUAUUCAGGGAAGUUUGAUGCUUCUGAAAGACUUGAAGAAAUGCAGGCUGCAAUGCAGAAACUUAAUAUGAAUGAGCUUCCAACUCCUGCUAUUGAAAAGAGUUCGACCUCAAAAACAAAACAUAAAAAGAGUCCAUUUGUCCCACUACCUCGUCCUUUGGCUGAGGGAGCUGCAGUCUCACAAUGGGAUACUCAAGGUAGAUAUGAUAUUCGAAAAAGACAAGCUAUUUCUGGUCCGUUGACAAGUAAACCAUCAUAUAACAAGCCACUGUCAUCUACCAGUGGACCCAUUGGCUCUACUGAAUCACCUCAAAUGGUUUCUGGAUUAUUUUCUCGCUUACCUCUCCCCCAGCCGGCUUUAUCUACCAAUGUCUCCUACAGUACUUCUCUCCCUGUUGCAUCUUCACCAAAAAUAAAUGAGCUUCACGAGCUCCCCAGGCCCCCUGAUUUCUUAGGCUCCAAGACCGUGCAAACUUCUGCUGUAUUUGGGCACUCUUCCCCCCUUGUCAACAGGAAUCAAGAAGUGUCUCCAAGAAAUACGAGUCCUUUGCCAUCACCAAAAAUGGGGUCUCCACUUCCACUUCCUCCAGCAACUGUUCGGCAAUGUUUAUCCGUGCACUCUAGUCAACAGAAAGCAAUGGCUAUACAUGCAGGGAAGCUGUUUGAAUCUUAUCAAUUUGAAGACAAAAUGGAAGAAGUGAGUUCUCCUCCGUUAACGUCCAUUUUGCUAUCAAAUAUGAAGUCCCCAGAUUCUCGACAGGAUUAUGGAACAAGACAACUUGCAGCCCCCCUUGAGAGCCCAAAAGUCUAG